AUGAGUAUCUCGAACAGGAGUUUCGCCUGUGAGAAUGAUGGUCCUCUCAAAAGGAAUUGCACCCUUGAGUCCUCUCAGUCGGUGGCUCGGGCUCAAUGGCUCUGGCACUUUGCUCUGGCGGCUGCAAAUGCGGUUCUAAAGAACUCACAAGGCACGAAGGUGGUUCUGACAUUUGUCAGUCAGCACAAUCACUCGCUCUUUGCUCACGGCACUUUUCCAGCUCAUGGCGGUCAACCGGACACAAAAGGUUACGGACUUAAGACACUUGGCUCAGGCGGUUGUACUCGCUUCUGCAAAGAACUCGCCGAUUUCUCAGCUCAAACGCUCAAUCAGGAGCUGUCGCACUGGGCUCAUGCGAUAAACGCGUCAUUGCCUUUCUUAACCGACUCUUGGGAUUCUGGAAUUUCACCACAUUGCCCAAAAACAACUCAAUCGGACGGCAAAAAAAAAUGGAAACGUCCUCGCUGUAGACAGAUCAGGUCAACUGUCUGGUGA